CCAGAAUGCCAUUAUAUGCGUGCACUACAAUAGGCACAAUGCGUAUAUCCAUCGUACUAUUAGGAGGUAGCCAGACAGAACUCAGUGUGCACCCCUGGAACUCUGUCAGGGAUGUCAAGGCCAAAUAUGAGCUCCAGGCAGAAAUCCAGGGCAAGCACUCGCUACAACCGGACUUCCAACGGAUGUUCUAUCAAGGCAGGCAACUUGAAGAUCCUUGGCUGCUUUCGGAAUGUAAUAUCCAACACGGCAGUACAUUGCAUGUUUGUCCAGAAUUACAUCGAGAGUUGCAUUUCAAAGUUGAACUCAGGUUGGGAGAAAAGCUAGCGGAUAGUACUGUCAACGUGAUUGCCUGCUUUGAUGAAAGGACUUUUAAGGCUGUACGACCUCGAAUGAACAGAGAAACCGACCCUAACAAAUCAUGUUCUUUUACCAACAUUGUCAAACGGAAAGGAAUCGACAUGCCCUGGGAACAAGAGUUCGGCCACCAACCAACAACAAUUCCAUCCCGACUUAUUGUACCGGUCCCAGCCUCAGCUAGUUCUAGUCAGUCGUCGGCCGCUGCCCGUCUCCCUCGAGCUCCAUCCCCUCCUGAUAUUCUCGCACCAAGAGUUAGUCGAAAUAAACCGAUAGCACCUUCCCGCUCAGUCCAUGCUGUGGCUACAGCUUCACGGCCUCGUCAAAGCAAUCGAAAACAGCCUACCGAUAAAGAAAAGUCGGCCCUAGUAGUCGCAAAAUCCACGACCAUCACCUUGCGUGUGCAGAACCUGCAACAUCAAACCAGCUAUUACGAUGUGAUGGCAGACGAUCCGGUUGAGCAUUUGAGGGCAAAGAUUACAUGGAAAGAGGGCGUGCCUUUGGAAGGUUUGCAGCUGUGUUAUGGGCGAAAUCUGUUGAAUGAUGGACGUCUAUUGAAAGAUUACAAGCUUAGGAAAAAUUCCAUUGUGAGGAUGAACAGGGAAGUAGGCGAGCCGGGCCUUCGUCGAACAAGGGGCCUUGUGAUCAACGUCAGCGAUGGUCAUGACGAUGACGAAGAGGAAGAGGAAGAAGAGGAAAAGGAGCAGAAAGAGGAGGAACGAAGGCGGAAGAGAGCACGAUUUGAUACUUGACGGUAUUGUAUACCGGUAUCCAUCAUGUCUUGUUGUUGCCAUGCAUUUUUUUUCUUGAU